AUGCGGCGGUUCUCGAGCAGCCAGUUCGAGGAGCCCUUCCCUGAGAUCGCAGACAUGAUUCCCGCGACGCCCUUUGAUGUCGACAUGCAACAGCAGCAGCAGCAGCAUCAGCAGCAUCAGGUACAGCAUCAGCAGCAGAUACAACCGCAGCAUCAGCAUCAGCAUCAACAAAUACAGCACCAGCAGCAGCAGCAACAACUUCAACCACAGCCGCAACACGGACAAGGAACAGGACAAGGGACGGAGGAGGACUCGAUAGACCACGGCCACAAGCUGCUCUCCUUCUCGGUGCCGGCCUACAACUUUACUCUACUGGACUACUCGCUACGGCGGACCUCGCUGAACAUGACGGCGCAGCUACACGGGAUGUUCUUCCUGGCCGAGUCGAGCUGGUCGGCCUCUCCCGGCGGCGACACACCGGUGAGCGUCAACACGGCGGCGCCCGCAGUAGGGAUGGGCAUGGGAGUGGGCGUGGGAGUAGGCGUUGGGCCGGCAGAGCUGACCUGCUACCGGCGGAAUCUGUUCCAGAUCACAGGCUCGGUGACGCUGCCGCGGACACUCCGGUAUAUCAUGACGGAGCAGGGCGACCGCAUACCCAUCCUGGCGCAGGAGCUGACGGUGUCUGCCACGGAGUCGGUGGAAGGCAACCCGGUCAAAAUCAUCUCGGUGCCAUGGAAGACUCCGGCGGGUGGUUCUUCUUCCGCCAAUGCAUCGGGGAGUGCUGGUGGUGCUGGUGUUGGCGGCAGUGGCGGUGGUAGUGGUAGUGGAAGUGCUGCUGGCGGUGGAAUGGUAGAAGACAAGACGGAAAAGGAGCCUGCGCCGGUCGUGCUGGACACCAUGGGCGGCCAGGACGCAGACGCCGACUUUGCUACCUUUUCGAUUGCGUGGAAGCGGCUGCAGUUCCGGAUAGCGACCGCCAACAACGGACGGCGGCGGGAGCUGCAGCAGCAUUUUGUGCUGAGGCUGAAGAUCGUGGCGACGCUGUCGACGGGGGCGAAGAUCUCGAUAUGCGAGAGCCAGUCGGGCCCGAUCAUCGUGCGAGGCCGCAGUCCGCGCAACUUCCAGUCCAGAAAGGAUGUGCCCCUGAGCGGCAGCGCGGCGGCCUCGAGGAAGAACACGCAGGCCGCAGCUCUGGCCAGGGCCAACGCAGGAGGCACUCCCGCCAAUCCCGCUGGCAGUGUAUCAGCUGGCGGCGGGAAGAGAAACUCGCCGGUCAAGACGGAGGAGAGGGCGGCUGCUGCUGCUGUUAUAUCUGAUCCCUCAGCGGCGGCGGCGGAGGAGGAGGAGGAGAGCCGGUCGAGCAAGCGACGGCGGAUGAGCUCCGGGAUCCCGCCCAUCACGCUGACCUUCAACGACGAGGAGGCCAGCUCGCCGCACUCGCUCCCUAUCCCCGAGCUGGAGCAGCAGCUGGAGCAGCCCGAGCGGAAGAGAUCUACAUCCCAUUACGACGGUCCCUUGAAUCAUCAUCCCCUAAAUCAACCCCUAAAUCAACAUCACCAACAUCAACAUCACCCCCUGAAUCAACAUCAACAUCAACCCCAAAGUAACCACCACCAGAACCACCACCAGAACCACCAGCUGCCGGCUAUCAUGGGCGAGGCCGAGGACAGGGCCGACGUGCUGUACGAGUACUUCCCGCUGGCGCUGGAGGAGUGGCAGGCGCCCGUGGACGCCGUCUACCGGCCGCACGUCGUGCACCACACCGCGCUGGCCGGCGAUGCAAAGGCGCUGGCCGCCCGCCGGAGCAAAGUCUACUUUGAAUCAUAG